AUCGGAGAGGGGAUCACAAAACUGUUCUCUAUAUUAGGGGCCAAUGUUGUGGUCACCGGUAGGACAGAGUCGGAAGUCCAGAGAGUCGCCAAAGAAGUGCAGGAAUUGUCGCCAAAGAAACUAAAACCAUUAGAAGUGGUUGGAGAUCUCACAAAAGCCGGUGUCAUCACUAAUUUAGUUCAACAAACUGUCACAACAUUUGGCAAAUUAGAUGUAUUGGUGAACAACGCCGGUAUAAUUAAGACACUAAACAUCACCCAAACAGACGUAAUGCAAGUUUGGGAUCAGCUCUUCGCCAUAGACUUGAGAGCAGUCGUCGAACUGAUCCACGAAUCGGUUCCACAUUUGGAGAAAACUAACGGAACUAUCAUUGAUAUCUCGGGCAUUGCUGCCAUCGCUCCGCUGUCUCAGGCACUAAUCCCCGGCCCCGCAAAAGAUAUGAUGACUCGAGUACUGGCCCUUGAAUUGGGUCCCAAAGGCAUUCGUGUCAACUCUUUGAGCCCGGGCACUAUACAAACACGUGAAAAGUUGGACCCUAUGUAUGAAAUGGCAAAGAAAAUAACACCACUCCAGCGAUUGGGACAACCAUUAGAUAUCGCCAAAGCCGUGGCAUUCCUGGCCUCAAGUGACGCCACAUUCAUAACCGGCGUUAAUCUGGUGGUCGACGGCGGACUCGUCUAUAAUUUCGGUGCUUUUAAUACUCUC